AUGACCACAGUGUCCAUGGAGCCUGUAGGAGUUCUGGUGGAAAGGGGCGCCAAUGCAACCGACCCCCCUCUGAGCUCACAUGAGGACACAGCUGCCAUCUUCACCAUUGGCAUCAUCCUCUCCAUCAUGUGCCUCGUGGGAGUCUCAGGGAACAUCUACACCCUGGUGGUCAUGUGCCACUCCAUGAGGACUGCGGCCUCGAUGUACAUCUACAUCAUAAACUUAGCUUUGGCAGAUCUGCUGUAUCUGCUCACGAUCCCAUCUGUUGUCUGCACGCACUUUCUAAAAGGAUGGUACUUUGGGGAUGCGGGGUGUCGGAUUCUGAUCAGCAUGGACUUCCUGACAAUGCAUGCCAGUAUCUUCACGCUGACAGUCAUGAGCACGGAGCGCUACUUUGCGGUGCUCAAGCCACUCGACACAGUCAAGAGGUCUAAAAGUUACAGGAAGGCCAUUGCUCUGUUGGUCUGGGCUGCUUCUCUCAUCCUGACGCUGCCAAUGAUUGUGAGCAUCCAGCUCAUGAUGGUGGGAAACAAGGCUAUGUGUCAUUCCACCUUGUCACCAGUUUCCUACAAGGUUUACAUCUCCUUCCUGUUUUGCACUAGCAUUGUCGCCCCAGGACUGAUCAUUGGCUAUCUCUACAUCCAACUUGCCCGGACUUACUGGGUUUCACAGACUGAGACCUUCAAACAGACCAAGAAACUUCCCAAUCAAAAGGUGCUGUACCUGAUUUUCACCAUUGUGCUCCUCUUCUGGGCAUGCUUCCUGCCUUUCUGGAUCUGGCAGCUGCUGGGUCAGUUCCAUCCAACACUGUCCCUCUCCCUCAAAGCCAAGCGCAACAUCAACUACCUGACCACAUGUCUGACGUACUCCAACAGCUGCAUCAACCCAUUCCUCUACACACUGCUCACCAAGAACUACAAGGAGUACUUGAGGAAGCACAAGCGGUCCUGGACAGCUGGCAGCUACUUCAACAGGAGAAGUCGUUUUCAGCGUUCACCACGCAGGUCGCCGUCAUCCAGCAGUCAGCAGUGUACCGAGAGCUUUAAUCUCACACACACCGCCUCCCUGCCUACACAUAACAGCAGUUUGUGA